AUGGUCUCCAUGCAGAGAAAGACUCCUGCUGAUGCUCUGGCUGCUAAGAGGGCCAAAGCAGAUGAAUCAAAUACCCAUAUCUCCACCGAUGGCAGUUCAGCUGAAUUCGAGUUUGGUGGUUCGUUCGGUGCUGCGCUGUUGAUGACGAGCUUUCCACUCUUGAUGUGGUACAUGUGGAUUGGAGCUUAUCCAACCGCGAAAGGAUGGGCAAUCUACUGGAUAUUCUUCAUUCUGGAGGCAGCCAUGUACUGCUAUAUGCCAGGUGUUUCGAGCGUCGGCCGGGCACUGAAGCACGAAGGAGGAAAAACGCUUCCCUACUACUGUUCCGCCUAUUGCAGUUUCUAUGCGACGCUUACCAUCGCUGCUGUCUUGCAUUUCACUCGUGCCUUCCCUUUGUACACUUUGAUUGACGAAUUUGGCUCUAUUAUGAGCGUUGCUACCCUGUCCGGCUUUCUGGAUAGCUUUAUCGUCUACAUGCAAGCUAUCCUGCGCGGGCGAACUCACAGGUUGUCGGGCUCCCCUGUCUAUGAUUUCCUCAUGGGUGCUGAGUUGAAUCCCCGCAUUGGUAUCUUGGACUUCAAGAUGUUCUAUGAGGUCAGAAUCCCGUGGUUUAUUUUGUUCCUUAUUACCUGCUCUGUGGCAGCCCGUCAGUAUGAGAUUUACGGCUAUGUCUCGGCGGAGGUGGCUGAGCAGAUGAUAAUCACAAGCUGGAACAUGUACUUUGAAAAGCUGGGGUUUCUGCUUACCUUCUGGAAUAUGGCUGGUGUGCCGUUCACUUAUUGCCAUUGCGCCCUUUAUCUAGCCAACCAUGAUCCUUCGGAAUAUCGCUGGAAUCGUUACAGCCUUUCCGCAUUCGCGGUUCUGUAUAUCUUCUUCUACUGGGUGUGGGAUAGCUCAAAUGGUCAAAAGAACGCCUUUCGCCACCAAGAAAAGGGUCAGCUCAUCAAGCGGAAUACUUUCCCUCAAGUCCCGCGGCAGGCUAUCAAGAACCCCAAAGUAAUCGAAACUGACACAGGCGAUAAUAUUAUGGUUGAUGGCUGGUUUGCAAUAGUACGGAAGCCAAACUAUGUUCCUGACAUGUUCUUUUCUAUGUCUUGGGGUCUCAUCACCGGUUUCGAGAGCCCAUUCCCCUGGUUUUAUUUUAUUUUCUUCAUGAUUUUGAUUAUCCAUCGCACCAACCGGGAUAUUAACAGAUGCCAGAGGAAGAACGGCGAGGCCUGGAAGCGCUACGAGAGAGACGUUCCCUACCUAUUUAUUCCAUAUGUGAUUUGA